AGGUCGGCACUGAGUAACUACUCACUGGCUCUUAUGUAUGUGUAUGGUAGCUGGGCUCUAUAUCUGAUCUUGCAUCAACUAUAUACAGGUAUUUCAACCCUGAGCACGAAGCAUGUGGAAUGGGUCUGCUUGGCACUCAACAGUGUUAUCCUGUACAUCGGCCGACAAACACGAAACGGCGCAAAUAUCACCACUUGGAAAUCGCUGAACUAUGUUUCGGUGCUGUUGCAUGCCGCCGCAACUGUGUGGGAGUUCUACAGCCCUCCACCUGACUACUUAAUUCUGGUGUUCAUCAUGAUAUCCAUGGUUUGCUGUUUCAGCCUCAAUAUCUUCAUCGGAAUGGUGAACGCGAAUUCGGUAAAGACGGCAAAGAAGAAAUAGUCAUACUCUAUAGGCAGAUGGCCUAAAUUUAGAAAGGUCCGUGGUCGCAAUCGGACCCACUCCUAUCCGAUUGGCUGUUAGCUUGAAGUGCACACUUUGCUGCCGAACCUUAGUAUCUGUUAUUGGACAAUGAGAAUGGUGUCGAAGCCCUGACCCGCGUAUCACUAUAUGCGAAGGGACAAUCCCACCAUAUUGUUUAUUGUGAUUCAACUCUGGGGUGAGGUAUAAAUUUAGUCAGCUAUUGCGGCCAUUUAGAUUAAAAUCUCAAGGAAGUGAGUCGUGUCAAUAUAGUUGUAUCACGAUCCUCCACUGUUUUUUUUAACCUUCAUGCCGAGCGAUAAAAUAUUCUGAGCAUAUUCUCUCUGAUUAGGUUCAAAGGAUGACACCGUCUCAUCGCUGACGAAAGGUAUCUGUAGCGUCGUAUUGUAUCA